AAUCCCGCCAACAGCGGGGGCGUGCGAGAGAUCUUUGAUGCCGAUCUAUAAAUAACUACAGACUUACAUGUAUAGGGGAAAUCAAAUGUGUAUCCCAUUUAUACUUUCAUGACCAUCGCAUUUGGAAAUAUCCUCUCAGCAAUAAAUAAUCUAAACACUUUGGAGUCACGAGUUGAGUCAAAACACUUCAAGACAUCGGCACUUGAGUGUGCAAAUUUUGUAAGCGCCUGUACCAUAGUUCCGACAUCUGUCUUUGAGCACACAGCUCUUUUUAAUUUCAUUUGACUCUUUAUACACUGCACGUACGUUUGAAGUUAUGAACCAUAAGUUCGUAUUUUUAACCUGUGUUCUUUUGGGAUUAAUCAAAGUUUCUUUGGAAUUUAAUAAAGUUGAACAAGAUGCCGUAAGUUCGGCGUUUCUGAUGACGUCAGAUGUCUACCUGACGGGGGAACUGUUCGACGAGGAGGAACGGCAGGGGGCGCUGGUUCUGUUCCGGGGUGAGGACGAGGCUCUGGGGACAAAGUUUAUCGUAUACCUGGAGUUCACGUCGCAUCAAGUAAUUAUCCAUGUAAAAUCCCGAGAUGGAAAGGAACUUCAAAUAACGUUCCCGUGUCAACCUCAGCUAAAAGAGAAAGAUAUUCGAAUAACGCUUCAUUUCCAAGAUCUGCUCAACUCUCCCAAUAAAAUCCUACUGUAUAUUAAUUGUAAAUUGGUGGGCAACGAAACCAGUUCUAUCCCCAUUAGAGAGGGGCUAGUCGGUACUCAAAGACAGCAAAUCAACCCCAGAUUUUGGUUUUAUAUCGGAAGUGACGUCCGACCAAUUCUUCAGAACCAGGGCUGUCCUGUCAGCAUACCGACACAGAGCCCUUCUUCCAGGAAUGUCCACGAGACCAUCGUCCGAGUGGUGCUUCCCAAAAAACCAAAGGAUAAGGAAAUGACGUCUUCAAAGGACAAAACGGACCACUCUGCGCGGACGUCAGGGCACCAACUUCCGGAAAGCCAUAACAAGAUAACGCUUCCGGAUCCUAAGUCCACAAACACUAUGGAUCCUGCCGAAGCCCGAAUUCUUUCUACAUCUUUACAAUCGUUGACUUCCGCCGUACAGCAGUUACAACGGGAGAUAACCCUACAGAGUCAGGAGACGCGCUAUCUCCGUGAGGUGCUGAGCCGCUGUGAGAUGUGCAGAGGCGGAACUCCUUCCACCAAUACAAACCGACCGGAAGUCGUGGCCACGUGUCAAGAGAAGCCCUGUUUUAAUGGCGUGGUGUGUGAGGAUACGUCACAGGGCUUCCGGUGUGGAGAGUGUCCUGUUGGUUUUACUGGAGAUGGAAUCACGUGUGCUCCAAAGAUCACGUGUGACAACAACCCAUGUUAUCCAGGUGUUUCGUGCACGGAAACGGAGGGUGGGGCCCGGUGUGGUCAGUGUCCAGUAGGGGUCACCGGUCACGCCUCACGGGGCGGUUGUCAGACCGUGGAGCGCUGCGAGUCCGAUCCUUGUUACCCAGGCGUCGCGUGCAUCGAAACGACCUACGGUUACACGUGCGGGGACUGUCCAGAGGGGAUGGAGGGUAACGGAACAGCCAAUGGCUGUGAACCUAUCCCUGUACGCUGCGAACAUUUCCCAUGCUUUGAUGGCACCACGUGUUUGGAUACCAGUGAUGGGUACCAAUGUGGCGCAUGCCCACAGGGAAUGACCGGAAAUGGGACCAAGUUUGGAUGUCGUCCUAUUGAAUGUGCGGACAAUACUUGUUUUCCGGGAGUGGAGUGUGUGGAUUCUGCCGCGGGAUUCCAGUGUGGCUCUUGUCCGGACGGGUACAAAGGAAACGGAAGUCACUGCACCGAUAUCGACGAGUGUAGGGUAUUCAACCCCUGCAGUGAGAUGGCGGAAUGCAUCAAUCUUACUCCCGGAUUCAGGUGUUCGAACUGUCCUACUGGAUUUUCAGGAAAUGACGUAUUUGGUGUUGGCGUUGAAGGCAUAGAAUCCUUAAAACAGGUUUGCGAGGACGUUAACGAGUGUGAGGACGGGAAGAAUGGUGGCUGUGUGGAUUACUCCCAUUGUACCAACACACUGGGCUCCUUUGUAUGCGGGGACUGCUUUGAAGAUUACGCGGGGAACCAGACGAUCGGCUGUCAGGAAAUGACCACGUUAUGUCCAGACGCCAUCACCGAGUGUCACAAACACGCACUGUGCAUUAUGGGAACUUCCGGCUAUGACUGUCAGUGUAGAAUUGGUUACGCAGGCAACGGGAAAUUUUGCGCAAAAGACAGUGACCUGGAUGGAGUUCCUAACAUUGAACUUCGUUGUAAAGAAUUCCGGUGUGCAAGGGAUAACUGCCGGGAGGUUCCGAACAGCGGCCAGGAGGACGUGGACUUAGACGGGAUCGGCGAUGCUUGUGAUGAGGACAUAGACGGUGAUGGAGUCGGAAACGAUCCGGAUAAUUGCCCGUAUGUGGCAAACCCGGAACAGGAAGACUCGGACGAGGGGGACAAAGAUCGCCAUGGUGACGCGUGCGAUAACUGUCCUAGUGUCCCCAACUCUGACCAAGAGGACACGGACAAAGACGGCCUAGGGGACGCCUGUGACCCGGAUAUUGAUGAUGACGGACUUUUGAAUGAGGUGGACAACUGUCCAAAGGUAGACAACCCCGACCAGAUUGACUCUGACGAGGACGGGGUGGGAGACCUCUGUGAUAACUGUCCGUUCACCGCCAACAAAGUACAGAAUGACUCGGACCACGAUUUUGUCGGCGACGUCUGUGACACGAAUGAGGACGAGGAUCGUGACGGUGUCCAAGACAACUACGAUAACUGUGAGUUCCUGCCCAACGCCGACCAACUGGACACAGACGAUGACAACCUGGGCAAUGUUUGUGAUGACGACGAUGAUGACGAUGGUAUCCUUGAUGAUGACGACAACUGCCCCCUGGUGUGGAACCCAGACCAGACUGAUUCAGAUGGCGAUGAGUACGGAGACGCAUGCGCAGAAGACAGUGACGGGGAUGGCUAUGCUGACGUAGAGGACGUCUGUCCGGAACAUAAGGACAUCCACUCCACCGACUUCCGGACCUUUCAGACUAUCCUGCUGGACCCGGUAGGAGAUUCUCAGAUUGAUCCAGAGUGGCACAUCCGUAAUCAGGGGGCGGAGAUUAUACAAACAAAGAACAGCGACCCAGGGCUGGCAGUCAGUAAUACCACUUUCUCUGGAGUCGACUUCAGUGGAACAUUCUUUGUUAACACCGAGGUAGAUGAUGACUAUGCAGGGUUCAUCUUUAGUUUCCAGGACAGUUCUAAAUUCUACUGUAUCAUGUGGAAGAAGUCUGCGCAGACAUACUGGCACCCUACUCCAUUCCGCGCAGUCGCAGAACCAGGGAUUCAGCUGAAGCUUGUGAAUUCCAAAACUGGGCCCGGUGAAUAUCUCCGAAAUGCUUUGUGGCAUACUGGAGACACAGAGGAUGAAGUAAAGCUUCUCUGGAAAGACCCCCGUAAUGCUGGCUGGAAAGAGAAGACAGCGUACAGACUAGAACUCAUCCAUCGGCCAGACAUUGGCCUCAUCAGGAUGUUGUUAUUUGAGGAAACCAAUCUGGUGGCGGAUUCCGGAAACGUUUAUGAUGCCACACUGCGAGGCGGGAAGCUGGGAGUGUUUAGUUUCUCCCAGGAGGGCGUGAUUUGGUCCAACCUGGUCUACAGAUGUAACGACUACGUUCCUAGUGGUUUACUGAGGGAGGGGGCUGAACCCCUGGAGCCUAUGGACGGGUUCCUGGAGGACUCGGGGCUGCACGAGUUUGUCAGGAGACGUCGCUAGAGAUUCCUCUGUCGGCCUCACUUACCAAAACUCACACCAAGUCAACACCUCAAAGAUAAAAAGUUCCGCAAAAUGCUACAAAAACGAGGAAUUGUUUAGAUGUCAAUUUAUUAAAACUUGUGUUCGAUCUGAAGUAAAAGUAAAUAACGUUUGCUAUUUCCACAAUAUGCAUUGUGCAUUUGUGUGAAUUAUUGUCUCUAAUAAGCCCAGAUAAAAUUGAAUAUUUGGGGAUUUUUUUCUCUGAAUGAUAAAUAUUCAUCCUUUAGAAUGAUAAAGAACAUUCAGCAACGGACAACACUUCAUGGUGGUUGAGAGGGGGUAUUACCGAAACGUAACGACUGCAUGAAACAGGCAGGCAUUGUACAUUGUCACUACCUGGCGUUGUGUCAACAAGGUCUUACUGUAUAUUUACCCAAACGAUGAUCUUUUAAUGAAUACAUGUAUAAAACAGUGUGUUAUUGCCUGGGCUAACUUCCGCUGAUUCGAGUUCUCAACAUAAGCAUUGGAAUCUAGGAAUAUUAACGUUAUACAUACCUGUGCAAAUACUUUUUACACACUUUUAAAAAAAUCGUCGACCACAUCUGCGACAGCACUGUUCUCAUAAUGUUAGAUAUCACUGAGCAUAAUGUGAGGUAUCAAUAUUAAUGAGCACAAUG